AUGGAUGUGAGGCGUUUGCGUCUUCGGCUGCCGCAGCAGGUCGAGGAUGCGCUAUCAGUCGAGCUGUUUGAAGACGACGUGCGGGAUCGCCAGCAACGCUACGUCGCUCGCCUUGUGAAAAAUGGUGCGUGGCAGGGCAACUGGAUCAUAGUCGCAGGGAGCUGGAUCUUCCUUGUUCGACCACUGCUGGGAGAGGGGCUGAUCAAAGCCGGAACCGGGUCCGUGCCGGCUGCUUGGGACAGCGCCACUGCGGACGCAAGCUGGAGUGCCAGUGGCUGUCGACUGCCGCGGCACGCAUGGGUGCAGAGCUCGCGCCAAGUUGCGGCGAGCGCUCUAGCGAACGGCACUGAACUGCUUGUAGCACUUAUCGCGCACUGUUCGGAAGCACCGUCGGACAGAGCGGGCCGUCUGCAGGCCUCAGCCGUGCUACGUAUGUUGAUCAUAACGAAGCCGGUUUCCGAUGGACGCCCCGCAGGUUCGCCCGAGGUUCAGCGCCCGUCGAACUCAACACGCAAUGGGAGAACGUUGCUUGUUUCGAGUCGCGAGUUGCCGCUAGCUGAACUGCUGGCUGCAGAUGAAACCCCCGAGCAAGUCAUGGACAUAUUUUGCUUCGAUCGAGGCAGACGGGUGGCACUAGUGCUCGGCUCGCAGCAACUUGUCACGAUCAGACUGGAUCCCACAGUGUCCGUUUUGCGCGGGCGUCAGACGGGGGGACGGGUGAAGGCGGCAACUGCACUGCGCCGAUGGCUCCAGCAGUGGCGGACGUGGACACGUGUCCCGUCACGAUGCAUGCAGGACACGCAUCGUGCAGAAGACUAUGCGUGCAUGUACGGCUACGGCGGUUACUUGUGUUCAAAGCGGGAUGCCGCAACUUGGGAUUGUUGGAUUCUUCGCCAGAGCCAGAUAGAGACAUGGCAGGUGACGGACACACAAGUGACGUUGCGUUCGGUUUCGUCCGCAGUGUUUGAGCGGCUAUCCCAAGUGCUACAAGUUCAUCGCUCGGACCUGAUUCCGCUUUAUUUGGGCACGGCGGAUCAUGGCACACAUGCAGUACUCGGUGCCGCAACGUUUUCUGUCGCCGAAUCGGAGGAAAGUAACCAAGAGGCUGCUACCGCAGCCUCCGAGUCCGACCAGCUGCGACCCGAUCACGGGGAAUACCAACUGCAGCUAUGGGUGACCCCGGUGAGUGUACGUCACCAUCCCGAGUCCAUUUGGGAGCUCGGUGGGCCGGUACCGUUGGCAAACGUUCGCGUCGCAGCUGUCGAAGAGGUCUUUUUGCAUUUCUACUGGACUUGCGCGGACGGAUUGGUAUUCGUAUUUGACCAAUGCUCGGGGAUGCUGUUCUGGGCGAGUGCUGCCUGGGGGCUCGCUGCUGCGCAGCAAGUUCGCGGGCAAAUUGCGCUGUCUUUGGAUGCAAGCUUUGGCGAUUCGAGCUCGGUGAUUUGCGGCUUCGGUGCCAGCAGCGAGACCGGUGUCCUCUGCAUGCAUGCCGACUGCCGGGUGGAUCAGAUUCUGCUCCCGUACCGUGCACCCACGGGAGUUGAAUCCGCAGCCAGCGAAGCGGAUGUUUUAUCUGGUCGUGAUGCAUUCCCGCGACGCGCGAUCUGGGAGCAGGUCCUGAAUAUUUUGGCGUUGGAAGCAGCUGGGGAGCGCUCCGCUGCACUGGCCAGUUUUCACAACGCUCGGUCUCGGUGGAACAGAGAACACGUAUCCAUCGCCGUUCGCCAAAUUCACGAGCACAUACUGAAGCGUAACCUGAAUUGUAUUGUGCAAGGCGCUCUCGAACAGCAAGUUCUGGAAAUGCAACGCGAAUGGAUGCGACGGCUCUGCAGUUUUCUCCUGGCGCACUCGGCACUCGGGUGUGCCGACGACGCAAAGGAAAAACUCUGGGAUGAUUUGCCUUUGAGCGAACGUCUGAACAUAUCGCAAUCGAUCUAUAGCAUAUAUAUUCUCUACGCCCUUCGAUGCAUGCUGAACGCGAAAUCAUCUAGUGCCUGGGACGUAUUGGAUCGCCAAAUCCAGGCACUGAGCGCGGCGGAGCGCGCUCCAGGUGAUAACGUUCAGGGUAUCCUUUCGGUAAUGAACGAAUUUUACACGAGCGAGCGCGCACGAUUCCUCGCAAGUGAGGACGAUGUCAGUGCUGACUAUGUCCAAAGCUUGUUGCAGGUUGCGCGCUACGCGACCGGCCUUAUCCUGGACGGCGUUUGUAUCGUGCGCACAGCUUUACCCGAGUUGCAGGAGCUCGAACGGCGAGCAUGUCCCUGGCUCCAUUCGUCGAAAUCACCGCUCAACCUGCUUUUGCGCGGCGUGACGGAGGAACUACCUACAUAUCUGGCGCGCCAAAAACGCUUGCAGACCGCCUCAGCGCUCGCGACCCUCUACCAUGUUGUUCAGGCUCGGAUCGAACUCGAGCGAGCAGUCGAUAGCGGCACCGUGGAAUCGCGACCGGGCCCAGUGACGAUGCUGGAACACCUUCGGUUAGCGGGCUUUGUGGACGAAGCGUCUCGCCUCGCUCGCCACUACGGCAUCUAUGAGAUUCUGAUGCGUAUCGCACAGGACACUGAAGAAGUGCUCGAGGAUCCGGAUUCGGCCUCGGCCUUUUUAGAGACGUGCUUCGUGGAACUCGGUCGACCGUUUGCCUGGUACGCGUUCGACUGGUGGCACGAGCGCCACGAAUUCGUGAAGCUUUUUGCUUACAAAUCACCGCUCUUACGUGAGUGGCUGCAGGAGCGCCAGCAUCACGAAUGGCUUUGGCUGCAGCUCCUGUUCGACGGUGACUAUGCCAAUGCUGCGCAAGAUCUCCUUCGGAUCGAGAAAGAUUGCACCGAUGAUGUCGAUGACGCGCUCUUCUACCUCAGCAUAGCGGUGCUUUGUUGCCGCGCAGCGAAUCCGGAUGAUCGCGCCUUGGAGAUGCAGGCACGGCUGCGUCUCCAGCGUGCCCGAGCGUACCAGCGCCUUGGAUGCAGCAAAUUCCAAGACUUUGAUGAGCUCGUGAACUGGUUCAGAGAAACGGGAGCCCGCGCUCCUCUGACGGCGCUCAGUUCGAACGCGCUGCUACUUCUGCAGAUCGCCGAUGCCGAAGGGAAGAGCCUGGAUGCCAUCGGCCUCGUUCUUGAUGCCGUUGUACAACGCGAACUGCACUUGUGGCAGCGCCUAACCGAACAGGGACAUGAAAUGAAUGAUGUCGAGAAAGAAUUGCUGCUCAGCCAGACUGCGUUUUACCAGGUGUUGCGCCAACGUCAAGAGCUCGCACACCACCCUGCUCUGCUGGAUUACCUCACGGCUUGCCAGGAGCAGGCUGCUCCGUACAUUGCGUUCUGCUUUGAACGUGCACGGCAAAGCAGCUCUCCGCCAAGGAACCUGGUUUCUGCAGAGGCAUCAGCAAAUGCGACGCACACUCUGGCUGCAUCGAACGCACAUGCGCACUCAGCGUAG